UUCGUUGCGUUCAACGGUCGAAUUCAAGCCAAGAUAGAAAGAGAGAUGAGAGAGAAAAGGGGAAAUCGGAAAGCCCUAGAUCCCGUCGGUGAGGAUGAAGUCACCGGAAAAGAGGGAAAAGGCUUCUUCGCUUGUUAUCUCUUGACCUCUCUUAGCCCUCGUCAUAAGGGUCAAACCUAUAUCGGGUUCACGGUAAACCCGAGGAGGAGAAUAAGGCAGCACAAUGGAGAGAUCACUAGUGGUGCUUGGAGAACAAAGAAAAAACGUCCAUGGGAAAUGGUUCUCUGUAUCUAUGGUUUCCCCACCAAUGUCUCUGCCCUUCAGUUUGAAUGGGCUUGGCAGCAUCCGAGGGAAUCGGUUGCAGUGAGAGAAGCUGCUGCUGCUUUCAAAUCCUUCUCUGGGAUUGCAAGCAAGAUCAAGCUUGUAUACACAAUGUUAAAUCUUCCAGCUUGGAAUAGUUUAAACCUCACAGUCAAUUAUUUCUCGUCAAAGUAUGCACACCACGGCGGUAAAUCUCCAAGUUUACCUCUACACAUGAAAGUCCAAGUUUGUGCUUUGGAUGAUCUUCAGUAUUUCACAAAGCUAUACAAUGGUUCUCAACCCGAAGAUGAAGAGAGUCCCAAGGAUAAUGAAGAGAAUGAGGAGGAGGAGGAGGAGGAUAGUAGCAACCAAAGCCAGCCUGGGAAUGCAGAUACAUGCUCAACGGAUGACUUGUAUCCAGGUGAAAAAGAACUUCAUGGCCGGCAUUUUGAAAAUGCGAAAGUACCUGUAACUGUAUUUGAUGAAGAAGACAGAUUAGCAAAUUUCACUGGUUUUGGCUUAUUAGAAGAAGAGACUUUUGAAGAUGAAGUAUCACAUAUCACUGUAGGAUCCAUUGAAGCUACGGAGAAAGAACCCGAGACUGUAUUCAACGACAGAUUAGCAAGUUUCACUGGUUUUGGCUUGGUAGAGAUUGUUGAAGAUGAAGUAUCAAAUGGAACUGUAGGAUCCACUGAAGCUAUGGAGAAAGAUUGUAGGAGAAGAAGGAACCUUAUCACCUCAACGACGACUGAGGUUGAUGUUGAGGUGAUAGAUCUGAUGACUCCAUCACCAAGCUGCAGAGAUGGGUCAUCUAUGAAGAGACGAAGAGUUUCUGAGUUUAUAGAUUUGACUAUGUCUCCUAAUUUCAUAGAGUUGUUGUAAUAAUAAUACAUAAGAGUUGUGUGCAAAUCAAAAUCAACUUUGUUGUAAUUUUCUUUUAUAUAUAA